UUCGCUGCGGUCAGUUGAGGGUACGUACCGCAGGACUUUUCACCAUGGACUUCUACUACCAUCCUUGCUCGGCUCCUUGCCGUUCCGUCAUAAUGACAGCCAAGGCCCUGGGCGUUGAGUUGAACAUGAAGCUAUUGAAGGUCAUGGACGGGGAACAGCUGAAGCCGGAGUUUGUGAAGCUCAAUCCACAGCACACCAUUCCCACGCUGGUGGACAAUGGGUUCUCCAUCUGGGAAUCCCGGGCCAUUUUGACUUACCUGGUGGAGAAAUACGGACAGGAUGACUCUCUAUAUCCGAGCGAUCCCGAGAAGCGGGCUGUAGUCAAUCAGCGACUGUACUUCGACAUGGGCACCCUGUUCCACAGUUUCAUCGAGGCCAUCUACCCACAGCUCAGGAACAAGCAGCCCGCAGAUCCGGAGGCCAUGCAGAAGGUGGACAGCGCCUUCGGCCACCUGGACACCUUCCUGGAGAACCAGGACUAUGUGGCUGGCGACUGCCUUACCGUGGCCGACAUUGCGCUCCUGGCCUCCGUCUCGACCUUCGAGGUGGUCGACUUCGACAUUGCCCAAUAUCCGAACGUGGCCAGGUGGUACGAGAAUGCCAAGGUGGUCACUCCCGGCUGGGGGGAGAACUGGGAGGGGGUCCAGAUGAUCAAAAAGUUCGUCCAGGAAAACAGCCAGAAAGAUUGAUUCGAUAAAGGGAUCAGCACCGAAUUAUACCUCAGCACAUUGUUGCCAUAUAUGGUUAUAUUGUACUAACACAAAUAAACUCAAAGAUUGUA